AUGGAAAAUAGAAAUAGAAACAAAACCCCUAGGAAAAUUAUUAUUUGCUUAGCCGUUGUUGUCCCAACGAUAAUAGCGACCAUGUGCGCGCUUUUUUACUUCUUCGGCAAAAGAAACACAAAAGCCGCAAAAGUCAAAUCCCUUGCCGCUUCCAUAGGCGCUUGCACCCCUGCUCGACCGAAUGCAAAUGAUCGUACAAGAAUAUACCGUUCUAUGUUUGAAAACACAGCGACACGCACAAGCAACAACCAGAGAGAAGGUGGUUUUACACACAACGAAUUCGAAGUUGAAGGUAACUCAGAAUCUGACUAUAACAGCUGUGAUCUAGACUUUGAAAACCCAAACAAUGCAUCUGCAAUCAACUCAGACCAUUUUGUUAAGUCUGCUCUAAACGCAAUGGAACGAAACAGCCUUUUUGAAUUUAUUUAUAGGAUUGAGGGCGGGAUUAGUGGAAGAAGAGAGGCUUUAAAAAAAGUAUACCACAACCACACUAAUUAUCCUUCGCUGGCAAAAAUUCAAAAUUGGGAUCUAGAGACAGUCAAGAAAUUGAAUGAGUUCAUUAUGCAAAAUACAUAUGAACCACAAACAUUAAACAGCGGCGAGCUUGAUGCCACAAACUCUAAGAGAACCCACCCCAUACUUCAGGAAAUUUUUUGGUCACUGAAGCAAAAUUAUCGUAAAUCAGCAACGUACACUCCUAAAGACCGCAUGCUGCCGAUUUUAACAAAUGACAGUACUGCGCCAGAAGUGAUUAAGAAUAUAAAUCCUUCAGUGUUUGCAGCUGUGAAUGCUCUAUUCGCGAUUCCAGAGAUAUUCAACGAUCUUGUUAGCCUUGAUAUAGAAAAAAGCAUCCAGAUACACCGUAAUGCCUGUGUGAAUAUGUUAAAACCGAAUAAUUUGGGGUUUUUUACAGCCUCGGGCGAUACUAUUUAUUUGGUUUUUUUAUUUUUAUCUAAUAUAGCAAAUUCUUAUACAAAUUCCUACAUGGGGAGUUUAGGUACGGCUUUAUAUGUAGAAAAAAUGCAAGCUUUGGAAAAAACAUUCAAAGAAAGAGUUGAGUUUACAGGUUCACAAAAUCAGAGUAAUCUGCCUAAAUUCAAUGUAGACAAUCCAACGCAUGUAUACCUUUUUCUCUAUGAAUGCAUGGCAAAAAUGUAUCAGGGGCUCCCUUUGAGCCUUGAUGGCGUAAGAGUUGAAGGAAAAAGCGUGGUAUGCAUGGAAGAGUAUCUGGAAGUUCGGGUUAUUACAAACAACUCCAAUGAUAUGGCCGUAGCAACAGAAGUUGUGCCGAUAGAAGAAAACGUGUUUGGUGAGUUGGAAAUCGAGUCUGAAUACAGGGUUGAUAUGCAACCAAUAUAUUAUAUUGACAAUGAAGAGCAGGUGCGAAAACCCUUUUCAGUCCCUAAACACAUUCAAAUGAGCUGCCGUUUUAUUGUAGAAUGCAUCGAAUCCAUCUGGAAUGUCUCUGUUCUAAACAUGUACUUGUUUUCAAUUAAUCCACAGACAGGUGAAAUGAAACGCGAGGAUUGGCUUAUAGAAUAUUAUCACGGCCCGACGCCAACACGGGUGCUGGUAUUUUACCAUAUAAAAGAAAAUUCCAUCACGAUACCAAAUAUCGAUAAGCUUAUUAUGACACAGUUUCAGCCAGGCGAAAACGCUGCUCUAGGCCCCAACAUGCUGCGCCUCCCAUUGUUCCUGAAUAGUAUGAUGUAUAUGUCACUUACAAGCAUAACACCGUAUAGCUCAGAUAGACCAACAAGCCAAAUUUAUUCAGAAAGUCCGAAUAGAAUUAUAGAUUUUGGCAGCGCACGCCCGCAGGUGUUUAAGCCAACAAAGAGUAAUGGCCAAGUCUACUAUCCGCAGCUUGUCAUCGACAUUUCUGAAAAUGCAGCCAGGUCUGAUGUGGAUUUAGUGCUUGCACACAUCUCCAGCUGUGUUGUAAAAUCGACGAAUGGUCACAAGACACGUAUCAGUUGGUUCGUUAGAAAAGUCAACCCAGGCCAGUAUUCCAACAUAGUCCUCCCUUCCGCUUUCAAAGAAGAUAAGGGAAAAAUCACCAUUAAAGACCUUGAGAAGAAAAAUGCAUAUGGAAACAUACCAAUUGCAUGCAUAAAAAGGUGCACAAAAGGAACUAACGCCCGAUCAUUUUCGGUUACUGUUUCCGAAAACUACACAGAUGUACGUGAUAGAAAAGCCUACAAAACCAAUGCUCCAUACAACAGUGUGAUCACUCAGAUUAAAAACAUUGAAGAAGAGUCCCCGCUGGAUGAAAACCACUGGGAUCCCAUUUGCAUAGUAACUGGACCUUCUAAGUACCAGCAACGCGCACACAUAGGGAUUAAGGGAGCUCUAUUAGACUUCUUAGCGAAUGUGAGUGAGUGA